UCACCGUCUCUUGGUUUCUACCAGCACCUCCACCCUCCACCCUCUCAGACUUCCGACAGUCCUUACUAUCUCUCUAACGCAGGAACAGGCUUCCUUCACGCACUUUACAUUCCUUUAAUCAUGUCCUGGAAGUCCCUCACGCGCUCCAAAAAGAGCAUCCCCGACAUGCGGUCGGACACCCCGACGCCAGCGAACCCGAACGGCGGCAGCGGCAACGACAGCCCGUACCGCACGGGCCUGCUCGCCAUCCGCGUGCUGUGGGCGGAGGACGUGAACCUGCCAGACGGGAAGGCCGUCCCGCCGGCGGUCGAGUCCGCGUUGAGCUCGCAGGCGGCAAAGGUCGCGUCCGCUGUGGACCCCCUCAGCGUGUCGCAGCAGCAGCAGCGCCUGGCCAAGACGAAGGGCCAUGGCUACAAGGACAGUGUGCAGCGGACGCAGUGCUGGUGGCUGCCGUACCUCGUCAUGGAGUACGAGGUCAACCAGGUGCUCAUCACUGCGCUCGGCGGUGACCUCGAGAAGCCGGUGUUCAUGUACCAGGCGAACUUCGAUGUGUCCCGCAACUCGGAGCUCUCGCUCCAGUGCUACCUGCGCACGGAGGAGCCCACCCGCGGCGGGGACGGCAUCGCGGACGACAUGGGCAAUGACAUCUUCCUCGGCGGCCUCAAGUUCGUCCCCGAUUUCGACAACAUGGGCAACGAGGACCAGUGGUACGAGUUCGACGCCGGCAAGGGGAAGAUCAAGAUCGGCGUCUCGUACAAGCCCAACUUCGGCCACCACCUCUCCAUCGACGACUUCGAGCUCAUCACCGUCAUCGGCAAGGGCAGCUUCGGGAAGGUCAUGCAAGUCCGCAAGCGGGAUACGGGCCGUAUCUACGCGCUCAAGACGAUCCGGAAGCAGCACAUUGUGACCCGGAACGAGAUUACGCAUACGCUGGCGGAGCGGAUGGUGCUCACGCAGGUGCACUCGCCGUUCAUCGUGCCGCUCAAGUUUAGCUUCCAGAGCGAGCAGAAGCUUUACUUGGUGCUUGCCUUCGUCAACGGCGGCGAGUUGUUUCACCAUCUGCAGCGCGAGCAGCGCUUCAACGAGGAGCGGGCGCGCUUCUACAGCGCGGAGCUUCUGUUGGCCCUCGAGCACCUGCACGAGCUCGACGUGGUCUACCGUGACCUCAAGCCCGAGAACAUCUUGCUGGACUACACCGGCCACAUCGCGCUCUGCGACUUUGGCUUGUGCAAGCUGAACAUGAAGGGGGACGAGAAGACGAAUACGUUCUGCGGCACACCUGAGUAUCUCGCACCCGAGAUUCUCAACGGCCACGGCUACAGCAAGACCAUUGACUGGUGGACGCUCGGCGUGCUUCUGUACGAGAUGAUGUCGGGUCUGCCGCCGUUCUAUGAUGAGAACACCGACACAAUGUACCAGAAGAUCCUCAACGACCCGCUCGUCUUCGGGCCGGAGAUCUCUGCCCCCGCGCAGUCGAUCCUCUCUGGUCUUUUGAACCGCGACCCGACGAAGCGCUUGGGCGUUAACGGCGCGGAGGAGAUCAAGAAGCACCCCUUCUUCGAGUCCAUCGACUGGACGCAGCUCAAGGAGAAGAAAAUUCACCCGCCAUUCAAGCCUAGCGUGGCUAGCCCGGUCGACGUGUCGUGCUUCGACACCGUCUUCACCGCCGAGCAGCCAAUCGACAGUGUCGUCGAGAACUCUAACCUUUCAGAGACCGUCCAGGCGCAGUUCUCAGGCUUCUCGUACAACAGCAGCCACAUCGUCUCCCCGGCUUGAUCUCCCUGCUCUUCUCGUCUGUACAUCAUCUCUCGCCGUCUUCCAGGCCAUUAAUUGCCUUCUUCUGCCUGUUGCUUUACUUACCUACCUACAUGCCCGUCUGCCAUCUCUGCCCCUGUUAAUAAUUAUCUGUUCCAUCCUCGCUCACCACGUUACUGCUGUCUUGACCCGUACUUACUCUACCCUGCUCUUGAGUCACCCACCACUAACUCGCUGUCCACUCAUUCAGUACUGUACACAUCUAGCCCUGGAGGGAUUGUUGGAGAAGGCUUGAAGGCCUCUAUAUCUGCGCGAAUAUAUUUUCGCGCAUCUUGUCCGCUGUACAUAAG